CAUGUUAAUAAUCAGAUUGGCUCCAUUAUAUUCAGAAUUUUCUGAUAAUUCUCCACUUUUCAUUUUGCAUGAUUAUCUUCAUGACUGUAGCAUCAUUUACAGACAUAUAUUUUCUUUGGUCAUUUAGCAUAUAAUUUACAUAAAAUGAUAUACAAAAUUAGAGCUAGUGUGUGUGUGUGUGUGUGUGUGUGUGUAUGUGUGUGUGCAGUUGAUAAAGACAUGCUGUUGCUACAAUGAGACAGAUCAUUUGUUGUGGGGGCUGUUGAACCACACUUAACAAGCUGAGGGAAGUGUAAAAUAUGUGGUCAUUUAUAUAUUUUGGUUGUGUGCAAGUACUGUGAGACAAGUCAUAAAGGUUCACAUGACUGCUGUACUGACAGGUGUGACCCUUUUAUUCAGUGUGGAGCCUGCAGGGGCUGACAGAUGAUAUGGAGUGUUUAAGUCACUAUAACAGCAGUUUUGUUUUGUAUCUGAUGAAAUUUUUAAGGAUGCUAAUGAAGGUCAGUAUUGACUUUUUUUUAAGGAGGCAAGAUAAAAGAUAUUUUGUAGCUUUAUUCAUCCAUAUACAGUAUGUACAGUAUUAGUAACAAGGGGAACCCACCAACCUCCUUGUAAUCUCCUAAAUUUCAUUUUCAUCUUCCUUUUUCCAUUCUCCCUUUAUUGCAUAUUUUCAGAAGUUCUUAUAUCCUUACCCACUGUCUUUUUUCUCUUCACCUCCCCUUCCCUUCUGUUCCAUUCCCUGGUGAUGGCACAGAAUUAUCAACAACAAGCUUUUGACGGCUGAGGAUGAAGCCCGAAUCAACCAGGUACAGGCCAGGUCAUUAGCAGCAGGCAUGGCCGCCGUGCCCCGCCAAGCCCGGGUGUUGAACCUGAGACCAAGCCAGAGUGAGGGCAGUGUCAUUCCUCCUGUCCACUACCCCAACUUCUACUCCCAACACUACCACAGCAAUGAGCGGUCUGGUGUGGUGGCUGAGGAUUCUUUUGAAGAGGACAAUGCUUCUGCUUCAUCUGAGCAGAAUUAUCAACAACAAGCUUUUGACGGCUGAGGAUGAAGCCCGAAUCAACCAGGUACAGGCCAGGUCAUUAGCAGCAGGCAUGGCCGCCGUGCCCCGCCAAGCCCGGGUGUUGAACCUGAGACCAAGCCAGAGUGAGGGCAGUGUCAUUCCUCCUGUCCACUACCCCAACUUCUACUCCCAACACUACCACAGCAAUGAGCGGUCUGGUGUGGUGGCUGAGGAUUCUUUUGAAGAGGACAAUGCUUCUGCUUCAUCUGAGCAGAGACCUCCAUUCUUGGAGACUUCAAUGUUCACCACCAGCUUUGGGUUUCCUCUCCCUUCACUGACCAUCAUGGUGAACUAGCCUUCAACUUUGCUAUCCUCCAAUUGGUGCAACACCCUGCUCAUAUCCUUGACCGUUUUAGAGAUGCAUACUAAUCAGUCACUUCCUACACUCAUACCUUAUAUUACUUCCCCCCUGAUCUUACAAAACUAACCCUACAAAACUUUAUCAUCUUUCCUGUACUUUAUUUUUAAACACAUCUAUAUGAUUUCAGUCUCAUAUAUGUAUCAAUUUAUAUCACCUAACCCUAUGUGUCAUCCCAUCCAUCUUCAUACUCAACUUUAUAACAAUAUAGAUAUAUAUUAUUCUGUAUAAACCUUAUCAUAUUAUGUUUUUAUUUAUCUUCAUGAUAGAUUUUUCGAUUUUAAGUUGUCUAUUGUGUUUACUUUAAGUAAUGUACUUUUAAAUUUUUCAUUUGCCUGAAAAGCAUCAAGCUUAUACAUAGGCUGGCCAAUAAUGUAUACCUAUCCAAUAAUGAAAUGUAUAAACCUAGGCUAUAAUAAAGUGUUUAAGUGU